GAAAGUUGCAGACCCGUCCGCAGAGCGCACCAUCGUCUUCAGCGGAGCACACACAGCAGCUAGGUGUGCUCUUCCUGCAGCGCCAGAAAUUGUAAAUAAUUAACAGUUAAAAACUUACCACCAAAAGAAAGUUUUAAAAGAAAACGCUUAACCAAACCAAAGAUGCAUGAAUAUGAAUCCAAGCAAAUAUGAUACAUAGCCAAUAUGUAUAUAGAAACUAGUAAGGAUAAAUAAAGUUCAAAGCGAGGAAUAACACCGAUCCCGGCAAGCAAAUGUCCGGAUAAGGGAGCCGCUACCUGACCAAUGGAUGAAAAUGCAGCCGUCGUCGCCGUCACUUUCGCCGUCGUCACUAUCGCAUCGCUUUUGUCAGCAGCAACAGGAAAAGUCGGAAAAGCACCAGCAGCACCAGGAGCAGCAACAGCAGCAGAAGGAGCAGCAGGAUCAGAAGGAGCAGUCCUGCCACGCCCACGCCAAUCGAACGCCCUCGGUCGGUACGGCAGCGCUGCCACAGCUGGCGUCGACGCCCGCAUCGGCAGCAGCGGCCUAAGUUGCCCAACCGCAAGAAUCCCACUUCGAAAUAGCCCAUCCACACAACAGCAGCAGGCGAUAUUGCAACUGCAACACAUAGUGCACUCGCAGCAGCCGCGAAUACUGCUCAUAUAACUGCAACAUCGAGAGACCUUGCAGCUGCAACAGCAUCCUCCAGCAGGACAACGCACAAGGAAUCCACUACGCAUAAGGCAACGGGGCAUAAGGAGGCACAAGGAGGCGCAGGAUAGACCGGAAGCAGAAGGACAGGAAGUGGGGCGGGCUGCGGACACAGGCAAACAAAAUGGCGGAUGGUGGGCAUUCAUUCGUGAAGAAGACAUUUCAUAAGCCAACAUACUGUCACCACUGCUCGGAUCUGCUCUGGGGCCUCAUCCAGCAGGGAUAUAUCUGCGAAGUUUGCAACUUUAUCAUUCACGAACGAUGUGUCAGCAGCGUGGUAACGCCCUGUUCCGGCAUCGCUCCAUGUAUUAUAAAGAAUCCCGUUGCCCAUUGUUGGUCCGAGCCAACUCAUCACAAGAGAAAAUUCUGCACAGUUUGCCGUAAGCGAUUGGAUGAAACGCCAGCGGUGCAUUGUUUAGUCUGCGAAUAUUUCGCGCAUAUUGAGUGCCAAGAUUUUGCCGUGCCCGAUUGCACCGAGAAUGCCACAUAUGUGCCGGGCAAGGAGCUGCUUAAUGUGAAGCAUCAGCAUCACUGGCGAGAGGGCAAUCUUCCAUCAACGUCCAAAUGCGCUUACUGCAAGAAAACCUGUUGGUCCUCGGAAUGUCUCACUGGCUAUCGUUGCGAGUGGUGUGGCAUGACGACCCAUGCCGGAUGUCGCAUGUACCUGCCAACCGAAUGUAAUUUUGGUAUUCUACAACCUAUCUACUUACCUCCGCACUCAGUCUCGAUUCCGCGCACCGAGGUGCCCAUCGAGGCCAUCAUCGGCGUCCAGGUCAAAUCGAAGACUUCGCUCGUGCGCGACUACUCGUGUCCCAGUCCGGAUUUGAGCUGCCCGAUUCCGGGCGCCGGAUCGGGUUCGCUAACGAGCCUGGGCCUGAAGGAGCUGCUCGAGCUCCACAGGCAAAGGCUCGAGCAAUCGAAACAACAUUUUCUCCUUUCCACGCCGCCCACGCCCACCUCCUGUGGCUCCAUCUCACUGUGCCACUCUCCGACGCCCUCCUCGCUGACAGUCGGCGAGACGAGCAACGAGGCGGAGCAAGAUCGGGAGCGGGACCAGGAUCAGCCGGAGGAGGAGCCCGAGGAGGAGAACACGGAGCAGGACAGCGCCUUGCAGCUGACCACCUCCACGUCGAAUGUGAUUGGUAAUCUUCAGAAGUCGCCCUCGGCCAACUCCUCGCUGCACCUGCUCUACACGAAUCUCUUUCGGAAACUUGGCCAGGGCAAGCGGAGGCGGAAAAGGGGCAUCAGCAGCGGUGGCCUCUCGCCCAGCGAAGAUGAAGACGAUGUGGACGGCGGUGUCUGUGAUAUAAGCGGUGGCGAUCUGAGCGAUGAUUACGACCACUGCGACGUCGCCCUGCGGCGGCGAUCCCUGCGCAGCCGGCAGCCGCGGGACGUCAGCGAGACGGACUACCACGGGGAUGCCGAAGCGGAGGCGGAGGGCGAGACUGUGCCGCGGGAAAGCUGCUACGAGACCUCGGACACGGGCGGCGAGCUGACCAAUACCGAUGACCUCGACAGCAGCCUCAAUCUGAUCAGCAACCUUAGCUAUAAUAGUAGUAAUAAUAGCAAUGCCUCCAAUGUUCCUGGCGGAGCAACUGCACCCGCCGCCAGGAACAUCGCCACCACCAGCACCACUGCCCCGGGAAAGUCCGGACACGCCUUGAGCGUCCAGGGCGGACGCCAGCAACCCAAGACUGGGGCUCUGGCCCAAAUCAAACCCAAGCCCAAACCCAUACUCAUGCCCAAGCACAAGGCGCAGGGCAAGGGCGGCUCCCUCAGCUCUCCGCUGUCCAACUCCAAUUCGAGUGACUGCUCCUCGGCAUCGCCCUCUGCCCCGGCCACGCUGCUGCAGCUGUCGCCGGUGGGCAGGAGCAAGUCCUUCCAGGAGUCGGCGGCCAUAACGGCUGUGUCGCGCUAUAAGAAGUACGGACGCGGCUUGUUCCAGCGCCGACGCUCGAAGAGAUCGCCUAAGAAUGCGGUCGGUGUGGGCGGCAAAAGCAACUACAGCUUGGACAGGCUGUCGCAGAAUAUCGAGAUCACCAUCCAGGACGAGGAUGGCAACUUCCAUCCGUACGACGACAACUAUCACAUGCUGGCCGGGCGACUGGACGCCACCGAUGUGGACGACGAUGUUGGCUUCGAUGAUCUCUACCUGGACGACCGGCCGAGCGGGGCCAGUGAUGAUGUGGCUUUUGCCGGCGACAUCAGCGACGGCGGGGCCAGCAGUCGAUCGAGGGCCAGUGACGCCAGCGAUGGUCAUGUCCUGGGCCGACUGCUCCGCCAGGUGCGGCAGGGCCUCUCCGUCGGCUGGCGCAAGCCGCGCUACCAGAAGCGCAGAGCACGCAGCAUAUCCGAGGAGUUCAGCAGCGGCGACACACCCCGUUUCAAGGACGAGGAGUCGGCCAGCAAGGCCGAAUCGGGACAUGGACCCAGCAGCGGUGGUGCAGGUGGAGGAGGCGGAAGUGGCGGUGCUGGAGGCUCAUCCGCAGCUGGUGCAUCGGCAUCGGCUGCCGGUGGCUCCUCCGGGCACUAUAGACCCGACUCCGGUUCCGGCCACAAGUCGGAUAAGUCGGAGAAGGAUCGUGAGAAGAAGGAGAAGGAACGCGAGGAAAAGGAUAUAGAGAUGAUCAAGGUGUUCGAUGGCAACAACUCAUUCCGACGCCAGCAGUACCGCGUGAUCAUCGUGCAGCGCACCUAUACGCUGGAGCAGCUGCUGACCACCGCGCUGCGGGCAUUCCACAUUACACGCGACCCGCAGGCCUUCUAUCUGACCGAUCUGUAUGCACCCGCCGGCAUGGAGGACACUCCUAUGCUCGAUCCCACGCCCGUGCUCAACCUGGUGCACCUGGAGGGCAAGCGACCGGCCAUAUACCUCCGGUUCCAUGACCGUGACCGUGGCCACGUGCGCGUCUACCCCGGCAAGCUGCAGUGCUCGAUGCUGGAGGAUCCCUAUGUCAGUGUUCCUGUAGAUAAUAGCACAGUUAUUAAGGAUUUGAUACGCGACGCCCUGGACAAGUUCGGGCUGCAGGAUAACCAGAUACAGGACUACAGGUGCUCGGAAGUGUUGCUCGAUCGCGGCGUGACCGAACGCAUUUUGUCGUGGAACGAAAGGCCCUGGGAUAUUAUGAAGCAGCUGGGCAAGGACUCCAUCCGACAGAUGGAGCUCAUGCGGUUCUACAUGCAGCACAAGCAGGAUCCGCAUGGCCCCAAUAUCGCGCUGUUCGUGGGCAAUCUGCCCACCGGUCUCUCGCAGCGCAACUACGAGCAGAUCCUCAACAAGUACGUAACCGACGAGAACAAGUUUAUUAGCAUCGGACCCAUCUACUACGAGUAUGGCUCAGUGGUGCUCACCUUUGAGGACUCCAUGAAGGCGGUUCGCGCCUUCUACAAUCUUCGCGAGACCAUCAUCGAGGACAAGAAACUGCUAGUUCUGCUCCUGCCGAACAUCGAGCCCAGCAUGGUGCCCUCGGAUGUGAGACCACUGCUGGUCUUUGUCAAUGUUAAGUCCGGUGGCUGCCAGGGAUUGGAGCUGAUCUCCAGCUUCAGGAAACUGCUGAAUCCCUACCAGGUAUUCGAUCUGGAUAAUGGCGGUCCUUUGCCUGGCUUGUAUGUAUUCCGGCAAAUAACCAACUACAAGAUUCUGGUUUGCGGCGGAGAUGGCACCAUUGGUUGGGUGCUACAGUGCCUGGACAAUGUAGGCCAGGACUCGGAGUGCUCCAGCCCACCUUGCGCCAUUGUUCCACUGGGAACAGGCAACGACUUGGCUCGCGUUUUGUGCUGGGGCUCCGGCUACACCGGCGGUGAGGAUCCGCUGAAUCUGCUGCGCGACGUCAUCGAGGCGGAGGAGAUACGGCUGGACCGCUGGACGGUUGUCUUCCAUCCGGAGGACAAGCCCGAAGAGCCGGCCAUGAAGGCGCCCUCGCAAACAACUGGUAAGAAGAAGAAGGCACACCAAGCACACCUAUCGCAAUCGCAACAAACCAAUCAGCAUCAUCAAUUACCGGCUCUGACAUCGAGUGAUAUAUCAGGUGGUGCCCAAAACGAGGAUAACUCUCAGAUCUUCGUGAUGAACAACUACUUUGGCAUUGGAAUAGAUGCGGACCUCUGCCUGGACUUCCACAAUGCGCGUGAAGAGAAUCCCAAUCAGUUCAAUUCGCGUCUGCGCAACAAGGGCUACUACGUCAAGAUGGGACUGCGCAAGAUCGUGGGUCGCAAGGCUGUCAAGGAUUUGCAAAAGGAACUGCGCCUGGAGGUCGAUGGCAAGAUUGUCGAACUGCCACCCGUCGAUGGCAUCAUUAUCUUGAACAUUUUGAGCUGGGGCAGCGGUGCCAAUCCCUGGGGUCCCGACAAGGACGACCAGUUCUCAACGCCCAACCAUUACGAUGGAAUGUUGGAGGUGGUCGGUGUGACGGGCGUGGUUCACUUGGGUCAAAUCCAAUCCGGAAUUCGUACGGCCAUGCGCAUAGCUCAGGGUGGUCACAUCAAGAUACACUUGAAUACCGAUAUGCCCGUCCAGGUGGACGGUGAGCCCUGGAUCCAGAGUCCCGGCGAUGUGGUCGUCCUAAAGUCGGCCCUCAAGGCCACCAUGCUGAAGAAAACGAAGAGUAAGCGCCGCCUCACGGAGCCUCAUAUCUCGCCGGCGGUUCUGAGUCUUUCAGUGGCUCAACAGGGAUCGGGAUCGGGAUCGGGAUCCGUGUCGGUAUCGGGAUCCCCGCAGUCCCAGUCGCAGCAGCAACUGCAGCAGCAGCAACAACAGCAGCAGCAGCUGGCCGAGAAUGGGGAGAAGGAGGCUUCGAUGACUCUACCUGCCGGCUUUGGCAGCACCUAGAGCUUGGCUACCGGCCUGCGAUAUUGGUUCUCCUGUUUCAACCCAUAAAACCAGAUAGUCAGAUAACUCUAUAAUCAAACCAUCAGAAAAGUGACCCAUAACAGAUCAGCAGAGAAAGUGGCCAAAUUGUAACCGAAAAUCGAAUAUUUAAACAAGAGCAAAACUCCAA